CAAAACAAUUAAAAACGUGGGCUCCCUCAAAAGAUUUUGAGAUUUAUUACAAUAUCUAUCUCCCGACUUGAAAUGACCAAAGUACCCUUUGUUACUUCCCCCCUCUAUAUAUUUAUGUCACAUGACACUGAUACAUAUAUCCAAAACCAAAAGGGAGAGACUAAGAAUGGGGUCACUAGGAGAAGAACCACAAGUAGCAGAAGACUGCAUGGGUUUGCUUCAACUCCUAAGCAACGGUACCGUUUUGAGAUCCGAGAGCAUUGACCUUAUUACCCAACAAAUCCCAUUCAAAAACAACCAAACCGUUCUCUUCAAAGACUCAAUCUAUCACAAACCUAACAACCUUCACCUCCGUCUCUACAAACCCAUUUCCGCCUCCAACCGUACCGCUCUCCCUGUCGUGGUCUUCUUCCACGGCGGGGGCUUCUGCUUCGGGUCACGUUCUUGGCCUCACUUUCACAACUUCUGUCUAACUCUUGCAUCGUCCCUUAACGCCCUUGUCGUCUCACCUGACUACCGGUUAGCACCCGAACACCGCCUCCCGGCUGCCUUUGAGGAUGCUGAGGCGGUGCUUACAUGGCUCUGGGACCAAGCUGUUUCCGAUGGUGUGAACCACUGGUUUGAAGAUGGAACAGACGUUGACUUUGACAGGGUUUUUGUUGUUGGUGAUUCAUCCGGUGGGAACAUAGCUCAUCAACUCGCUGUCCGGUUCGGAUCCGGUUCAAUCGAGUUGACACCGGUUCGGGUACGCGGUUACGUUCUUAUGGGACCGUUUUUUGGCGGGGAAGAGAGGACUAACUCCGAGAAUGGCCCCUCUGAAGCUUUGCUCAGCUUGGAUUUGCUUGACAAGUUUUGGAGAUUGUCACUACCAAACGGUGCAACAAGAGAUCACCACAUGGCUAACCCUUUUGGACCAACGAGUCCUACACUCGAAUCAAUUAGCUUAGAGCCAAUGUUGGUGAUUGUCGGCGGCUCAGAACUCUUGAGAGAUAGGGCCAAGGAAUAUGCAUAUAAAUUAAAGAAGAUGGGAGGAAAAAGGGUAGAUUACAUUGAAUUCGAAAACAAGGAGCAUGGUUUCUACUCCAACUAUCCAUCUUCCGAGGCUGCGGAACAAGUUCUCCGUAUCAUUGGAGACUUUAUGAACAACUUGUCUUAAGUAUUUUAGCAUUUGGCUUGUUGAAGGAGAAUAAAAUGAAAGUUUGGUGUUACAAGUUGAAAACCUAUACAAUUGAUCCUUGCCAAAAAAACCAAUAAAAACAAGGAAACAAUAAUAACACAUUCUGAAGAUUUAGGCUAGAUCGAGGAUCCAUAAGUAAAGCAAUAGAGGCAUAAGAUUUCUGAAUUUCUUCAGCUUCUUUUUCCGAUGUUUUUAUUACUUUUUUUGGCAAAGAUCAAGUAGACAAUAUUCUAUAUACAUGAACUCGUUAUAUCCAUUUAAACAGGAUCCCCUUCGGUUUGUUUCUUAAAACUUUUUGUAAAGCCACUCGUUUGGUUUGUAUCCCAACAUAAGUGUAAACAAACGACCAUAGUUUUAACCAAAAAGAAAAAGAAGAAAACAGCAUGUUUAUCCAAAGAAUAAAAAGUUAGUCUCAUGAUGUUAAUCAAGUAAACAGUUUCAUAAUCAAAUUUUUAAAUAA